AUGACAAACGACGAGUCACCAUCACCUCCCCCGGUACGUGCCAACUCAAUAUCCGCCACCAUCAACUACCUCCAUUUGGACGCCGACAAGGUGCUCUCAGCGUUUGGUAAAUAUGGAAGGUAUCAGAUGCUCGCCUACGUCAUCACCACGUCAGUUCACAUGUUGUUCGCGUUGAACAUGAUGAUCAUGCCAUUCAUCACGAAAUCCAUGACUUUUUUGUGUGAUCUACCGGAUAGGGAGACACCGGAUAGUGCGUACUUCUCCCCACUCGUCGGUGACAGUUGUCAUGUCAAGGAUAUGCAGUACAACUCUACAAUAGAGUGUUUAGCAGUGCCAGGGGCGAGUUAUGCCUACGAGCUCGACAAGAAGUCUACAAUAACCAGUGACUUCGAUUUGGUGUGUGAGCACCAGGGUAUGGCGGAGCACGCCACAUCGAUAUUCCUGGUCGGCGGGAUGGUUGUGUCACCGUUUAUCAGUCAGCUAUCGGAUUUGUUGGGUCGAAGACCCUUGUUUUUGAUCCCCUUGUAUAUCAGUGUAAUUGCUAAUUUGAUAUGCGUAAUUGCCCCCAAUUAUUGGAUCUUCUUGCUCUUCCGCUUCAUCUCCGGUGUCACCACGACCAGUUUCUCCAUGACCGGAUUCGUGCUCUGCAUGGAAUCGGUAUCCGUAGAGUUCCGAUCAUUCAUCCCGGUGCUCACCACUAUCUCCUGGGUUGGGGGCUACAUGCUGGCUGGGGUGUUCUAUAUGUUCUUCAAGAAUUGGCGGAUGUUAUAUUUGAUGGCGACGGUGCCGGGGUUGCUGACCAUCCCGUUUUACUGGUUCACACCGGAAUCGUUGCAUUGGUUACUGACGAAACAGAAUAAUCGGAAGAUUGAGAAAUAUAUCAACGAAUCGGUGACAUUCAACAAGCAGACGAUCAGCCUUAUCGAUUGUCGAUCCGCAAACCAGCAGACUAGCGAAAAGACAAGGACAUUCAGGGAUUUGUUUAUUCCCAGGAUUUUUGUGCAUGUCCUAAUCAACUCUUAUAUAUUAAUCGUCAUGAGCGGUACCUACUGGGCACUCUCCCUCUACUCCACCGAGCUUUCCGAAGACGAGAUCACCGGCUACUUCCUAUCAGGUCUCGUCGAGCUUCCCGCCGGUUUCCUAUCCGUCAUCCUUCUCAUCAUUUUCGACCGUAAGACCGUCUCCUUCGGCUCGUUGGUCCUAACCGCCGUUUUUAUGAUUUGUACGGUCUGGAUACCGAUGCAUGGCAAUUGGAAGAUGAUCUUCCCUCUACUUGCGAAAUCCACCAAUUCUAUAGUAUGGGCGUCACAGCCGUUACUGUAUUCUGAGGGCACCCCAACAACCAUCCGAAACGUGUUCAGCGGUGUUGUGUCAUUCCUCGGCGAGUUGGGAUCCAUCGGAGCGCCUUAUAUGAAUCGGCUGACGGCCAUAAACCAGGACGCCCCAGCCAUCGUGAUAUGCAUCAUGUCAUUUAUCGCGGCUGGCUUAGUACUCCUCCAACCGGAGACCAAAAACAAAAAGUUGCCGGAAGAUAUUGAUGAUUUCGAUGCGGGACCGCUGUUCAGAGGGUGUCAUUCGGAAGCUCCGCCCACCGUCACGAAUUCUGAUUCAGAAGGCGUCAAAAAAUCAGAAGAGGAGGUGGAGCUGAUGGAUGUGGUGGUGGCAUCAAAGGAAUAG